CACCGUCCAAAACCAAAGCCCAAUACAGAAAUGCGAGAAUGACGAGGCACGUGAACCAUAUGCAAAUGACGUUAACAUCCAUCAAAUUCAAAUCUGUCCCUUUCAUUUCAGUUUUAGCCACAUCUGCUUCACCACUAAGGCACUAACAAUACUUCCGUGUGUGAUUCUCAAUUCCUUCCUCUCUCUCUCUCUCUCUCUCUUAAUCAACCAAGUUCCUCCCAUUUUAAUCAAAUGGCUGAUUGGGGACCAGUGUUAAUAGCGGUGGUUCUGUUCGUGCUCUUAUCUCCAGGACUUCUGUUCCAGUUACCUGGCAGUGGAAAAGUGGUGGAGUUUGGUAGUAUGCGCACCAGCGGCCUCGCCAUUUUGGUGCAUGCCGUCAUUUACUUUGGACUCAUCACCAUCUUACUCAUUGUAGUUGGCGUCCAUGUUUAUACCGGUUAAGUAUAUCAGGAUCUGUACUUUCUACUUAUUGCUCUUUGGUUAUUGUUCUACUUUUUGUUUGGUUACGAAUUGUUAAAUUAACAGGGGCGGAUCUUUGCUUUUCUGAUAUUCAAAUAUGCUGAACAGAUUGUACUAGUUAAAGCUAA